AUGGACCAUCUCAACGAGUAUCAAGUUGGCCGCCACCCAGUCCAUUAUAUUCCCAACUUUAUUAACGAAGCUGAAGAGACAACCUUACUCAGGAAAAUAGAGUCUACUCCUGCAGGAAAGUGGAGAAUCUUACCGAAUCGCCGGCAAGUAACUCGUGUCAUCCUUCAAGUGUGGGGAGGCGAGAUAUCCAAGUCUGGGACGUUGGUUCCACAAGAAUUGCCUUCGUUUGUCACCGAUUUCCCAAAUUUGAUUGAAAAACUUCGAAAAACUGGCGCUUUUUCGGAGACAUCUCAAGGCACCGUCAACCACAUCAUAUUAAACGAGUACCUUCCAGGGCAAGGAAUAACACCUCAUCAGGACGGGCCGGCCUAUCAUCCUGUAGUCGCAACCCUGACAUUGGGUUCUCAUGCAGUUAUGGAGUAUUAUCAAUACCUGGAACCUUCUCAAGAAGAUGCCCCCGAUCCCUCUGUAAAAACAAGUGGGGGGAAUGCUGGGAAAGUGAUCGACCCAGCACCCAUUCUUCGUUUGCUCCUCGAACCGCGCAGCCUAGUUGUUACUCACGGAGUUUUAUACACACAUCACCUACAUGGUAUUUCGGGUGCACACAGUGAUGUAUUUGCCUCUUCCCAUGAAGACAUAGGCAAACUUAAAGCAAAGUAUUUAGGAGAAGAAAGAAAUGUGGAGGUGCUUUCCGUAGGAGACAUUAUGAAUAGGGAAACGCUAGGAUCUCGAGAUUUAUGUGAUCGUUUUACUCAGCUUGCGAAUCAGGCCGACCAAGAAAGCCGGCUUGCACAUAUUCAUCUGGAGAGACGGACAAGGGCCAGUUUGACAUGUCGGGUGGUUGAGAAGACGUCCAAGGCUGCUGGAAAAUUACUACGACUAAAGUAA